AUGUCUACAUCUCCAAGAGAAGAAAUCAAUAGAUGGUCUCUAUACUUACCAAAUAGUCCCAUAUAUUGUUCUUUUGCUCUUGCUGAGAGUAGUAUGAGGGCGGUUUUAUUCAUUUUUGAGAGUUCCGGGCAUAUGUAUUCAACUAUUUUGGACAUGGCAAGGUUGGAGUGGGCAAUUAUCAUUGGGGAUUUAUCAUUUUUCAUUAAUUCUAGUGCCAUUAAGCCAACAAUUUUGGACUUUCUGUGCCGGGUGGGGCAAUAGUGACAACAAUGGAGGGUUUGGGGUUCAAUGUAAGAUCAAUUGCCUUCAAUUGUUCUUCAUUUGGGGGAUGUUCAUUAUCGUGGGCAAACAUGGCGUAGUAGAGAUCACGGGUGUUGGUGAGAGGAGGUUCGGUGCUAAUUCCUAGUAUUUGUUUCAUGAGUGUGCCUUGAGGGGUUUCUAGUUCUGAGUAAAUUAGAGGUUCACAAGAUGC